AUUACCUCCUUUCCUUCAUUUUAUGGACCAACUGGUAUCUGAAGUGUUUCAUAUCAAUACUUAGUCAUUCUUUACACACUGAUUUAUAUUUUGACUUGGGACACUCUGAUGAAAAUAUAAAGCUCAAGGAUUUAGACCUGUCAUCCCAAGAGCUGAAUAGUGGUGGUAUAUGAGAAUCGAGUAGUUAUCCACAGAUAGUAUGACAGGCAUUGUAACGAGAAGACGCACUGAACAUGGUGUUUGCGAUACUCCACCAGCACCUUGUAAAAUUCGAAGACAACAAUUGAGUCCACCGAGAAGGAAACACAAAAGCAGUAGACUGCAACAUUCGCUCAUUACAUUUGAAUAUGGGCCACCAGAACUCAACCUUUACAAAUAUCUUGCUGAACAAUCGUUUGCUUUGUGGAAAAAAAACAAGAGGGAUAUUCGCCUUAAGGAAAGACAGUCAACCAUUAGAUGGACUGAUACUAAUACAUGGCGACUCAGAAAAUGCGCAAGGUUUAUCCAUGGAGCUUUUUGAUUUUGAUCCUGAAACUACAACAUUCAACACAGUGGAUACACACCAUCUGAAGGAAAAGGACCAUGUUGUUGUUUGUUAUCUUGGGGUAUCAUUUUGGGAGGAUAACGAGAAACCAUAAAACAACCUCAAAAUUGACACAUGCUUGCAUCAGAAAAAUCAAACGUGGAAAACCAUUUGGAGUCAUUGGAUAUAGGCUUUGUGGUGACACUUUGUGUAUCUUAGAAAUCGAACAAGCUGUAACACAGAACGAAAAGCAAAUGGUACCAAUUAGGAAAUUCAUCAAAGAGAAUUUUGUUGGAAAGGUCAUAUUUCACACAGUAAAAAGUUCGUCUUUUCAUCCACAUUGCAAUGUCAAAUGUGGAGGUUAUCUGUUAAACAGAAAUGAAGAUAACUGUAGGAGCGGCACGAUAGGAAUAUUUGGCGAAAUGCGACGCACUCGUCCCGAAGAUUUGUCAGUUAGUUCAGAGGUGGUUGUUUUGUCUUCAGGACAUAUCAUUUCUGAUGGAGAAAUUGCAAAUAUUUCUGUUAAUGAUGACAUCAAGAGGAUUGGUAUAUGCAUCUGGCCAAUUGUGAAAGAUAAGCAUAGUUCAAAUUUGCAUGACGUAUCGGUUGUCUUGUUAAAUAAUUCUGUAUUAACAAAACUGCAAAGAAGCAUUCUGAAGAAAAAUGUCAUUGUUGAUGAACUCUCGAGGGCAGUUCUGACAUACCGAAAAGUUUUCAAAUACGGAGCAACAACAGGAAAAACAGAGGGAUUUAUCCAAAAGAUCGAUGAUUUUGAGAUUUUUGGUGGUGACGUAAUGAUCAUUGUGCCGAAGGCCACUGAUGAUGAGGACAGGAAAUUCUCAGAUGAAGGAGACAGUGGAGCUAUCGUAUUAACCAAGAUAGGAAAUGAACAUCAUGCUAUCGGAAUGGUUUAUGGAGAUCAGUUGGAUCUUCCGCAAGCAGAGUGCGCAAGCGCAAGCAACGAAUCUAUUGCAAUCGGGUUGAAGAGAGCAGUGGAUCGUUUUAAAAGUCAAACAGGGGCGGUUAUUGAAUUCGAUGAAAUAUGAAAUCAGUUUUAAUGUCCUUCAGUACUGAAAGGUCACAAGAUUUAUAUCUAGUUCAGUCUUCUUUACCCUGCCUAAGGCUUGAUUGAUUUAAUAUUGUUUAAUGUCCUGCUCGAGAAUAUUUCACUCAUAUGGAGACGUCACCACUACCGGUGAAGGGCUGCAGAAUUUAGGCCUAUGCUCAGCGCUUACCGGCUGUUGAGCAGGGAAAGAUCCUUAUCCGAAGGACCCUAAUGGCUAUGUAGGCACUAGAUCAAUGUUCAUUAUAUCUGCGGAAAUAUACGUUAGAUAUUUGUGAAUUGCCCCUGCCCUGUGCAAUUCUCUUAAAGAAGUUAGCUCCUUAGCUUUUGAGCACAACGGCACAGGAUGCAACAACUAAGUAUUCAAGGGUUCAAUACUGAUCCCAUUGGUGCAAAUAUAUUACACAUUUAUUACUAAACCCUUUUCAGUUGAGAAAAAAGAUGUGUGAAUGCAAAUUUGGAACGGGUUUGGCAGUGAGUAUUUUUUGUGGUGAAAGGAUUGAUCAAAAUGUUUUAAAUCUGCAUGAUUCUACAGUUUCUGUUUCAUCCAAUAUAUCUUCUACUUUAGAACUUAUAUACGUGUAUUUCAGUUUCACAAUUUAUGAUACAAAUAGUUGAGAUUUGGAACUAAUUAAAAUGUUGUAAUUUAGUGAUUUAAUUUGGUCGAUAUAUUUUUUUUUCAAAUAAAACACCAAUUCGUAUGAAAGUUUGAACAAUUUACUGGACAGUUUGUAUAAAAAACAGUAUUUUUGCGAGUAAUUUAGAAUUGUGAUCUCUAAGCCUCACUUUUUAAAGUUCCAUUCUAGAAUUUAAGACAAGACCUUGAUAAUAAUGUGAAAUUUUAGAAAUUGACAUUACUCCUAAUAUGUCUUUUAAAACGCAAAUUUGAUAACGUGAAAUUCUUCGUACAUAUAUAUUAAGUGCAGAAAGGUCAUUAUUUAUUUCCAUUUCUAGUAUCAAACUUUUUUGAUCUGUCGUAUUAGAAUACACGAUUUUGUAUCUAUUUUAUGUAAUGAUGGGUUUGUGUUGCUUAUGCUGUGUUGACAUCAACAUGCAAAUUGAACAUAUCUCGAGUAUAUUUUAGGUGCAAAAGGUCAUGUUUAGAACACUGUAACUCAAUAAUAAAAAUUGCGACCCAAGAUAUCCUUUUUAAUUUCCCUACUCCCCUUCAAUGUAGAAAUACAAAAUACACCUUCCAAGAUUUGACAGUGCUCCAAAUUUCACGUGUGAACCUCUUUAAACGAAUUAUAGAAAAAAAUGGAAAUGAUCAUUCUUUGUAGCGGAAGGAAUUCUUAUUGAUAUACAUGAUUCUACGAUUUAUAAUUCAUCAAAUAUGUGUUAUACAUCCAUUUAUGGCGCAUGACAUGUACUAUAGUAAUUCAAGUUUGAAAUGUACGUAACAAAUAAGACUCAGAUGUUGUAAAUUUAUGAAUAUGCGUGAUGUACAUGUAUUUUCUCAAGCAGAACACUCAUUCAUAAAACUGUCUUUCUUACAAAUGUAAUUAAGCCGAUAAUGAAGUCGAGUUCAUGCACAAUAUGUUAUUUUUGUUUUCUUUGUGUUUAUUUUUUAAUCGAGCUAGAACUGAAAUUGCCCCUUGUCAUGCGUUUUUAAUAUUUAAAAAACCUUCAGUUGCUAUUUGAACUGUAGUUUGUUAUUAUACUUAUGUCCUUUCUAUGUAUUUAAUUAUCCCUAUGGUUUGUUUUAAAUUGUUACAUGUGUUAUUAUUAUUAUUAUGUUAUACCGAUCUAGUUUGCCUAUACAACCUAUCAUUGGGCCAAAUACUGGCUGACGUGUUUCAUGCCGAUUAUUAGGCCGUUCUUGGUACAGUGAUUUUGACUACGGAUAACUCCGUUUACCUGAACAAGAUAUCGGGCUCACUGCGGGUGUGACCUGUCGACAUAGGAUGCUUACUCCUCCUAGGCACCUGAUCCCACCUCUGGUAUAUUCAGGGGUCCGUGUUUAACCCAACUCUCUAUUUUGCAUUGCUUUCAGGAGUUAUGGGAUUGAUCACUGUUCGUUAUCUUCACUUUUCGUUAAGGUAAUUAUAUCAUGACAUUAGGCGCUAUAUAUUAAUUAUAUAAUUAUGCAUAUUAAUUCUGACUCUAUGAAUAGUCUAUCCACAUGAAUAUGCACAUCGGUUUUAUAUCAUUUUUCUCUCUCACAUUUGUAAAGCCCUUUAAAGAACUAAAGUUGAUAGGGCGCUAUAUAAAUAUUUUAAUUACAAUUUCUUUAAAAUUCUAAUUCCGGAUGUGCGUUUUAGAAUUUCGAUUUUUGGUCUUAAUAAGAUACACAGUAUGGUUUAGAAUUAUAACACUGUACUAUAAUGAUUGUGUUUAACCAGUUGACAUGUAACGAGGUUUCGGAUGCUACAUAUGUAUAUUUGAUCCAUAUUUUUUGGCUGAGUGACAAGGUAAAACUUUUUAAGACAAAUGUAAUCCCUAUUAUUUGUAUGUUCAUAGAUAAUGUAACUUACAAUGAUUAUGCAGAUCAGAAUACAUAUAUAUAGCUGUGACUGAUGAAAUAAGUAGCACUUAGAUUUUUUUCAUAUGAAUUGUAUGUUUGCUUAAUGUGGUUUGACAUAUAUUGUAAACGAAUAAUAUGAUUGUAAUGUUUGAUUGGUUAAACGCAAACUUGGUCUACCACUGUUAAUCAAUAACUAGAUAUAUGCAUAUAAACUACCCUUCCAAUUCUAUUCAAAUUUAGUCUGACGCAUCUCUGAGACAAGGGGUCAUAAAGUGUAAAUUUCAGGACUUCUGACCUCGUUCCAUUAGAGGUGGGGCAAAUACCUCCAAGUAUGGAUCACUUUCAAAAACGUUCUUCACUAUAACUGCCCAUCUAUAAGGGGAAAAAACCAUGAACACGUCUACCAAAAUUGAAAAUUCCAUGUCUCCCGAGGCAGAGGUUCUAAUUCCAGGGCGAGGCUAAAUCUGUCUUUCUGUUUAAAACAUUUAGAUAACAUAUUUAAUGUUAUUAAUACUAAAUUAAAACUUAAUACACAUAUUGAAGGAGCGGAUAGUCCUUUAGCAGAGUUGUGAAUUGCGGGAUCCAAGGAGAAAGGUUUUUGUUCCAAAAUGGGGCCAAAAUAGCUAUAGUGAUUAAAUGUCUUAACAAUUGAAUAUUUUAAAAUCUAUUCUUGAUUACAACUCUUUAUAUUCUUUUCGAAUUUGGCAUAACGUGUUUUUGCGUCAAUUUCCAAGACCUGUGUACCUCCAUGGUUUUAUGGGUGGGACAAAUUUUGUCAAAAUGUACGAAUUUUCAAAAAUAUUCUCUUCUUUAAGAACAUCUAAAACCAUGGUCAUGUAGAGCAGGAAGACAGCUGUUAAAAAUUGUAAAUUUCAUUAUUCCAGGCGAAGAGGUUCUGACUCCAGGAUGGGUCCAAACUUCAUAGUGCUCAUGUGUAAACUAUUUAAAUACUACCUCUUAAUGCUACUAAUACGGGAUAGAAAUUGAAUAUAUAUCUAGAAAAAGCAGCCCUUUACCAAGAUUGUAAAUUUCAUGACCCCAGCGGUUCCAAGGCUGAACCAAAAUUAUAGUUACUAAUGUCUGUAUCAUUUGAAAGGCUUCUCUAAGUUACUAAUGCUGCAGAGAAAGUAAAUGCAUAUAAAGGAAAAGAAGACAGUGGAUGUAACACAAUUCUGAAUUGAAUAACAUCAGGGUUCCGAUUCUAGGGUCGGUUCAAAAUAGUCAUAUAGUGCAUGUAAUCAUAUUAUAUAAAGUAUUUCAUUAGUGAAGGAACUUUUGAGUUGUAUUAUAUAUGGAAUAGAAAGCGUAGAAACCGCCAGUUAUAGGUACAUAUAUUAUAAACAGUUGAUUGCUAUUUUUCUUCCUCCACCAAUGUUUUCUUCAUAAUAUAUGUAAACGUCCCAUAUUCAUAUUUCCUUAUGUGAAAACAUAGUCAUACCUCUCUCAAAGAGCAUCGAAAUGGAUAUAUUUUUUUUAUUAUACAGAAUCGGAUCAAGUUUCUAAGUUGUUCGUAUUAUAGAGAUAUCAUGACGUCAUAUCUGUAUAACAGGCGUCGCCGAUAUCGUAUAACGUACCCAAUAUAAUUGUUUCUUGUCUAAAUUACCUCCAUUAUCACCAUGUAGGGACCUGUGUUUACUGUGUUAUUUGCUAUGACAUACAACUAUUAUGUAAAUAAUUACAUGUAUGUUUUGAAUGCUGUUUUGUUGUAUAUUAUUGUAUAGUAGUAAGUAGAUAUACCAAUUUGAAUUAGGAUUUUGGUGGGAAAUAUAAGUGAGUAAAUAUACCUAUUUAAUUGUAUUGAUAACCUUUUAGUUUGGUCAAUGCUGUAGACAAUUCCCUGGUAAUCCCUGCAGCUGGCCAUGCAGGUGUCAGGUGGCAUGUUAUGUUAUUUUCCCAAUUCUUAGGAGCUGCGGUUUUUCUGUAGCUGGCUAUGUAAUUCCAAACUUUUCCAUUGUCUAAUAUCAACCCUCCAAAUGUUAAUAUCCAAUAGAAAUUGAUCUUCAUGAUCACGUGAUAUGAUGCAGGUCUUUAAGUGAUCAUUGAAUAUUUGAUCAUUCUCACUUUACCAACUGUUGUAGCAUAAAAUUUCAGCAUACCAGCCACCACCGCCACCCCAGCUUUCCACCCCUACUUACAUUUACAUGACUAAUCUUUAUUUUAGAUGUGCCAUCUUUUUGCUGUAUACUUUAUGUAGUUUGUAUUUUUGUGCAAAUACAUUGUACAGCUGUAAUGUUAGGGGAUCGGCAUAUUGUAAUAUCAUUUCACAUUGUGUGAUUAGCUGUUAGUCUGAUUCCCUAUUAUGGUUUAUAUAUUUUUCAUGAUUUUCGUCAUUUUCAAUAAAUGAAAUUUUUCAUCACUACAUUAGUGUCGACCUAAUUGAUCCUUACUCAGCUGCUGUGAGAUUGUGCAGCAUGAAUCAGCAUAAAUUGUCUCUAGUUUCUCCAUGUAGAUUUUUAUCAUCCAUGAGUACAUUAUAGUUUCGUGAUUCUCCCCAAUUCAUCAAUCUUGUAUAUUGUUUAAAAUCGAUGAUGUAUUCAAGUGUUAUUAGAUAGGUGAUGAUUCUUUACAACUAAGGAAUAUACUUUUAAUGCUGACACAAUGCAAUACUUUGUAUUGAAUUUCAUUUUACAUGUAUUUUGAAGUGAAGUUUUGCUAAUAAACAUUUAUAAAAACCUUU